GGGGGGACACGCGGCUCUCUGAGCGAUGCAGAAGGCCAUUGUGAUCACCGAGCAGCCGGUCUCCGUCUCCGUCCCUGUUGGAUACUCCUUCGCUCUGCGAUGCAGAGCUGAGGCCUGCACGUCUCUCCAGUACCAGUGGUUUUGCCAGCACCAGUCUGUCUGCUGCCAGAUUCCUGGUGCCACUGAACAGGAUUUGCUCAUCACUGCACAGCAAACCCAGCUCUACACCUGCAGAAUCAAUGACAUCUAUAAAAAUGCCGUCUUCUCCAACUGGGUGAAAGUGGAGGUCCAUCAGUGUGUUGGCAGAGGUCUGCUCCCUCAGCUUUGGCGAGGAGAACCAGUCAUCAUCCUCAACCCCAUCGAGCAGAAAGUCGAAGUAGGGAAACCACUACAGCUGCAGUGUGCUGCCAUGGGGGUCCCAGCCCCAAGCUUCCAGUGGUACCGAAACGGGAAUGUGCUAGAACACCAGAAGAAAAAAAAACUCUGGAUCAACCAUGCAAAGGUCAGCGACUCUGGCACGUACCUCUGCUGUGCUUCCAAUAGCCACGGAGAGCACUGGACCAACGCAGUGGAUAUUCACGUGGGUGAGCCGAGCCAACCAACAUCUGGUACGUGUCACCCUGCAAAGUUUUUUGCUACAGACAAGAUAGCGCUUUUAGUGGGCAACAACCAUUACCAGCAUCAUCCAAACCUUAUGGCUCCUGUCACAGAUGUAUUUGAACUGAGUCUUCUGCUAAAGCAACUGGGCUUCCAGGUCGUGUCUCUUCUGGACCUGAACAAGGCUGAGAUGAUGACGGCGGUCGGUCGCUUCCUGCAGCUUCUGGGGAAAGGGGUCUACGCUUUAUUUUACUACGCCGGACAUGGAUAUGAACAUUCAGGGAGGAACUACAUGGUCCCCAUUGAUGCCCCACAGCCCUAUGCCCCUGAGAACUGCAUCAGCGUGCAGAGGAUCCUCCAGAAGAUGCAGCAGCAGCAGACAGCCCUGAAUCUCAUCCUUCUGGACACCUGCAGGAAAUGGUACAACCCAGAGUGUGCCCUGUCCCACGUACAGCCACUGGAGCCCUGGGGCAAUACUGUUUAUGGCUAUGCCACAAGUGAAGAUGCAGAAGCCUAUGAAUUGCAGGAUGGGGAAUUCAGCUCUGGGAUCUUCAUGAAAUAUCUGAAGAAACAUAUUCUGCAGGAGAAAAAAGUUACACACAUGCUGGAGGAUGUGUUAGAAGAUAUCGGCCGGGACCCUUUGGUCACUGGGAAGCAGGUGAUGGAGAUCAAGCACACGCUGAAGGAAGCCCGGGCCCUCACAGACCCCGUCUGCCCCUCGGGAGCGGCCGCGCUGCGCUGGGGCCGCAGCCACGGUAGGCCUGCAAGUAGUGGCAAGAGCCAACAGGCAAAGACGGAAUCUCGCAGCUGUUUGGGAAGAGGUUGUGUGACAUUGGCCUGCAGAGAGCAGCUGGGGGGCUGA